AUGAAGGCAUACUGGUACGACAACAAGCCGGGUGACCAGCGUGAGCCCCACGACUCUGGCCGUCCUGUCUCCGAAGACUACCUCGCUUCCAUCGGAGUUUUCUACCGCUACCUCCCUGAUAUCAAGUCCGUCGAUGCUUUGGCCAAGGAACGCGGAUAUAAGAACCGCGAUGAGGUGUGCGUUUCUCCACAGGCCAUGGGCGACGUGUACGAGUCGAAGGUGAAGAUGUUCUUUGCUGAGCAUCUUCACGAGGAUGAGGAAAUCCGAUACAUCCGCGAUGGUGAGGGUUACUUCGAUGUGCGCGGCCAGGAGGAUGAAUGGAUCCGUAUCCAGCUUAGCAAGGACGACCUAAUCAUCCUCCCUGCCGGCAUCUACCACCGAUUUACAACCGACGAGAAGAAUUAUGUCAAGGCUAUGCGCCUCUUCCAGGAAGAGCCUAAGUGGACGCCUCUGAACCGUAGCGAAGAGGUUGAUACCAACCCUCACAGGAAGACAUAUCUUGGAACUCUCGGCACAACAGCUGUGGCUGCAAACUAA